CUCGCUGGCGUAGGGGCUUGGGGACGGCGCGGGGCAUAAGCUCAGUGAGCUCAGUGUGAGUGCAUGCGGUGGGUCACGUUGCUCCUUCUCUUCCAUGGUUGGCUCGCCCUCUCCUCCGCUUCCUGUCCCGCUGGUUACUACGAUGACGGCUCCGGGACCUUGACGUGCCUCAAGUGCCCCGCUCUCACGACCAGUGCUUUCGGUUCUACCUCCAAGAGUCAAUGCGCUUGCAUUGAGGGCUACUACGAUGAUGGCAGCGGUACUAAUAGCUGCCUCGCCUGCUUCAACUCCUCUCGCUUCCUCGGCGGUUCUCUCUCCUGGUCCAUCCACCCAGCCUUCCGCCAAGGCACGCGAGUCGUCAGCUUCACAUUGCGAUCCGCAUGGACAAACCUGACGAAUUGUGCGUCCGCAGCGACGUCAAGCGCUGCUCUCUCAGCCUGUGCAGAAGCAGGAGAGCUGGGGAAGGUAGUUGUUCGGACAUGCUUUGAUGAAGCUUGCGGAGCCAACAGCGAGGAAGUGGAGCAGGUGAAUGACAUGACGCUCUUGUCGGCUCUCGAAGGGUCUUGGGAGUAUGUCAGUGGAGUGAUGAAUUUCUCUAUCGCGGUGGAUGAGAGAGGCAUUGCUAUGAUAGCAUGGUUACAACAAAAAUCAGUGCACAACAGUUGUUCUUCACUCCCUUUUGUUCCUUGUAGUGGGUAUAAUCUGCAUUACUGGCAGGACAGUGUGGUCAUGUGUAACGACCCCUCGCUACUCACCACCUACGUCAAGAUCUGUUGCAACAACUGUACAGGCUUGAAACAAGACGUUUAUGAUUGUAUCCCUACACUCGCUCCCUUCC